CCAAACAAUAAUAUAGUCUCUAAAAAAACAAGAAAUGGGACACAGCCAUGGACACGACUGGGGUCCAGUGUUCAUUGCAACAAUGUUGUUUUUGCUUCUGUCACCUGGAUUGUUGUUUCAAGUGCCUGGUGGAAAGAAGUGCAUUGAGUUUGGCAACUUUCGUACUGGUGGAGCUUCCAUUUUGUUCCACGCCCUCCUCUACUUUGGCCUUAUUUGUGUCUUCUUGAUUGCCCUUAGUCUUCACAUGUAUUGGGGUUAGUCAGACCAUAUUAUUCCGUCUCAAUUUAGUUGUUACAUUAAUUUAAAUUAAGCUUUUGAUUUGAGGCGCAGAGAGUAUGUAAGUUUAUGAUUAAGCUCUUAUUCUUCACUUGAGUUCUUUUGUGACUUUUUUAAUUAAUUUUAUUUAUUUUGAUAGAACUCAUAUGAAGUUGUGUUAUUUCGAUUUUCAAGGAGAAUGUGAGAGAGUGGGUGAGGCGUCGUCUCGUUUUCUCUUUUAAAUUUAAUCGAGUAAAAGACUAUAUGUCAUCAUAUGGAGUAGUUAUUUGAAAAUGUUGGUGCAUGUUUAUCAUUGACGUGUUAAGCUCAUUGCUAUU